AUGGUGGAACACUCAGACAUCCGCGUGGUUCAUCGCGGCGGCAGUAAAAUCAACUUUCGAGCCCCUGUUGUCACCAGCGAUUCCAAGUUCCUCCUGUGCGCUUCGGGGGAGUGCGUAAAAUUGUACAGCACGACCACGGAGGAAUGCAUUCACGAGCUGCAGGGACACACCGACCUGGUCACGGGCGUGCUGCUUAAUCCCUCCAACCAUCUACAGGUCUAUUCCUCUUCUCUAGAUGGCACUGUUAGACUUUGGGAUUUUACAGAUGGUAUCCUAAUAAAGUCUUACGUUGUUGAGCAUCAGAUAUACGCCAUCUAUGCCUCAGCAGACCACAAAGGAGUCAUCUUUGUUGUCACCCCUGACCAAAGAAAUGGUUCUUUCCAGCUAGUGGCGCUACAUCUACCUCAGAGUGGUGAUCAGCUGGUAGUGGGCCUAGAACUUUCAGUUGUGCUCCAAGAUGUCUGCGCUUCUCCGGAAUCUAUUGCAUUCGGCAGAGGGGGGGAGUAUAUUACUUCAGUCAAAGGUUUGCAUUUGGUGGUCUAUUUCUUCAGGAAGCACAAGGCAUUCAACUUUUCCCUGAAACAAGACAACAGGAAGGGAGGCAAGAACACAUUCACCUGCGUCGCCUGUCACCCGAAGGAUGACGUGAUUUCCACCGGACAUGAGGAUGGAAAGAUUCGCUUGUGGAGAAACUUCAACCAGAAGAAGGAGUACACAUAUUCUACAUUACACUGGCACCACAAUGCUGUCAGCUCGCUGUGCUUCACCCCUGAAGGUACCAACCUGUUGAGCGGAGGUGUGGAGUCUGUGCUCGUCCAAUGGCGAUACGGUCAAGAGAGCCAAAAGGACUUUCUUCCCAGACUCGGUGGCGCAAUCACACAUGUCACCGUAUCUCCCGAUGGCUCGCUCUUCUGCACUUCGCAUGUAGAUAACAAAAUCACAAUUAUCCAGAGCUGUGUAAAAGUGUCUGCUGUCAUUCAGGGCCUUGUCCAAGGAGAAAGUGUCGCCACAGACUUGACUGUAGACCCUCGCAGCAAAGCGCUAGUGCUGAAUGGGAAGCCAGGACACUUGCAGUUUUACUCCCUUCACCGAGAUAAGCUGCUUUUUAAUUUAGAUAUUGUGCAGCAGGAAUACAUACACGAGUUGGGAUUGCAGCAGUUUGAGGUGGUGAAGGCUACUUUUGAUGCCUCUGGAAAGCACCUGGCCACAGUUGAGGAAAGGAAACAGAAAGCGGCAGAGUGGGAGCUCAAUUUGAAGUUGUGGAGAUUUGACGAACAAACACAAAGUUUUGUGCUGGACACAACCAUCUCAGCCCCCCACGAGGAUCGGAUUACUACCAUGUGCUUUGGUCCCACUGCCACAGACCACCAUGCCACCACGCUGGUUUCAGCCAGCAAGGACGGACACUUCAAAGCCUGGCAGCAGACAGUGCCAACCACCCACACAGAAGACGAGGGUCCGUCAUGGGCAUGCGACUUCGUGGGCUCUUAUCACAGCCUGGCGCCUCAGUGUUGCAGCUUCUCGGCCGAUGGCUCCCUGCUUGCCGUCAGCUUCCGGGAGGUAGUGACAGUGUGGAGCCCGGCCACUUGGGAGCUUCUAACUACUCUGUCCCAGCCACCGGGCAGUAUCAGGAAUCUUUGUUUUGGCCAACUAAGCUGUUCCAAAUACUUGCUGGGGACGACGGAGAAGAACCUGCUCUGCUGCUGGAAUCUCCUCACCUGCUCUUUGGAGUGGAGCACAUCCAUGGAUGUCAGCCUGCUGCUACAUGACCCGCUGUCUGAGAACAUGGCAGCGUUCUGUAGUCAAGAUGGAUGUACUGACUUGUUUGUGUUUAAGCCCUGUGAGCCACGUCCACUGUUUUGCCAAAAGGCUGUGUGUCCAGGAAAAGUCACCCGGGCUGUCUUCUCUCCAAGGGAAGCCAUGCAGGAAAGCUGCGAUGAGAGCUGCCAGUGGCUCAACCGAUCCCAGCUGUAUUUCCUGAGCCAGCACAUGGAACUUAAGACGUUUAUCACAAAGGCUGAGGAGAAGCGACUGAUGGGUUCUAAUAAACAGCUUGCCAUCGACGACACCGUUGCCAUGACGCCCUUCCACCUAUUGCUAGGCCAACAACGGCAAGAAGUAGACAAUCUUGGCCCUACAGACAAUCCCGCCAUGGCAGAGAGGCUGCAGCUCCAGCAGAGCUCUGCUGCUAUUAAGGAGCUUCUGCAGACGCCCGCACACGUCCUCCCUUCUGCCACUUUCCUCUGCUCCAUGUUUGUACAGUCAUUGCUCAUCUCCGUCACAGACUCAAGUAAACCAAAACACACAGAGGAGGAAAUGGAGAGCGAGAAAGAGGAAGAGGGGUCGUCCGAUGAGGAGGAAAUGGAAACUGGCGCCGUAAUGGCCAAGCGACUGGCACUUGAAGAAGGCAAGACGGCCGGACCAGCAGCCCCUGCGUUAACGCGAACGCAGGCUAGAGAACUGAAGAGAGUGAAAAAACUGGAACGCAGCUGGCUGAGCACUCUCCUGGACUGCUAA